AUGCAAAUACCACAGGAAGAAGUCCAGACAACAGAACCCACUCCUGCCUUUGUCAAAGGUGAUGCUGAUAAAAAUCUGCAGCAAAAAGCAUUGCAUGUCAAUGAAUCAAAUGUGAUUGCUAAUGCCAAGCAAAGCUGCAUACCAGAAUUUGAAGUUGAUAGAAAUUCCACUGUUGUUCAGGAACCUAAAGUAUCAGAAACCAGGGAUAAUGUCGACAGAGUAACAGAGAAUUUAGACAAGGAAGCAACUGAAAUCAGAUCAAAGGAAGAAAUAGAUGGGAAACAAUGGACUGAUUUAGAGAUGCCAAAGCCAGAAACUGAAGGUUUGCCAAAAGAUGACGCUCUGAAACAGAUAACCAAUGCAGUAUUGGUCGGAACUGAUGCAGUUGAGGAGAGCAAUCAACAAGACAUCAAGCUAGAAGCAGAUCUUACAGACAAAUCUAACAAAGAAGUGCAAACACCAGAAUGCGUGAUUGAGGAAAAUGUAGGAAUAAACAACACUAAUUAUGUUGGGGAAACAGACAAUAAUCCAACACAUCAUGUUGAAGAGAAAGACGGGAUUAAGGAUAUACACAAUCAAGAGGAAAAGGAAAACUUAAUUGAAGAAGCAACAAAAACACAGUCAAUGGAGGAAGAAGUCCAGACAAGAUCACACACUCCUUCCAUGAUCCAGGGUGAUACUAAUCACAUUCUGCAUCAAGAAACAUUGCACGUUGAUGAAUCAGAUGUGAUUGAUAAUGCCAAGCUGAGAUGCAUACCAGAAAUUGAACUUGAUGGAAACGUCAUUGCUGUUCAGAACACUGAUGUAUCUGAACCAAAGGACAUUGUCGGGAGAAUAUCAGAGAAUUUACACAAGAAGGAUGCAACUGAAAUCAGAGCAAAGGAAGAAAUAGAUCUUACAGACAAAUCUAACAAAGAAAUGCAAACACCAGAAUGCAUUAUUGAGGAAAAUGUAGAAAUAAACAACACUAAUUAUGCUGAGGAAAAGGACAAUAAUCCAACACAUUAUGCUGAAGAGAAAGAAGGGGUUAAGGAUAUACUCAAUCAAGAGGAAAAGGCAAAAUUAAUUGAAGAAGCAACAAAAACACAAUCAAUGGAGGAAGAAGUCCAGACAAAAUCACACACUCCUGCCUUUAUCCAGGGUGAUACUAAUCAAAUUCUACAUCAAGAAACAUUGCAUGUUGAUGAAUCAGAUGUGAUUGAUAAUGCCAAGCUGAGAUGCAUACCAGAAAUUGAAACUGAUGGAAAGGCCCUUGCUGUUCAGGACCUUGAUGUAUCUGAACCAAAGGACAAUAUCGGCAGAAUAUCAGAGAAUUCACAUAAGAAGGAUGCAACUGUAAUCAGAGCAAAGGAAGAAAUAGAUAUUACAAACAAAUCUAACAAAGAAGUGCAAACUCCAGAAUGCAUUAUCAAGGAAAAUGUAGAAAUAAACAACACUGAUUAUGACGAGGAAAAUGUAGAAAUAAACAACACUGAUUAUGCUGAGGAAAAGGACAAUAAUCCAACACAUCAUGCUGAAGAGAGAGAAGGGAUUACGGAUAUACUCAAUCAAGAGGAAAAGGAAAAAUUAAUUGAAGAAGCAACAAAAACACAGUCAAUGGAGGAAGAAGUCCAGACAAGAUCACACACUCCUGCCUUUACCCAGGGUGAUACUAAUCAAAUUCUGCAUCAAGAAACAUUGCAUGUUGAUGAAUCAGAUGUGAUUGAUAAUGCCAAGCUGAGAUGCAUACCAGAAAUUGAACUUGAUGGAAAGGCCAUUGCUGUUCAGGACACUGACGUAUCUAAACCAAAGGACAAUGUCGGCAGAAUAUCAGAGAAUUUACACAAGAAGGAUGCAAAUGAAAUCAGAGCAAAGGAAGAAAUAGAUCCCAUACAUUUGACUGAUUUGGAGAUGCCAAAGUCAGAAACCAACGGUGUGCCAGAAGAUAAAGCUAUGCAACCAAUAGACAACACAGUAUUGGUCAGAACUGAACCAAUUGAGGAGAGUAGUAAACAAGAGAUACAGCCAGAAACCGAUGUUACAGAUAAAUCUAACAGAGGGGUGCUAAUACAGAAAUUCGUGACCAAGGAGACUGCAGAAAGAAAUAUCAAUAAUUAUACUGAGGAACAAGAAAAGGUUCAAACAUCUCACGCCGGAAAGAAAGAAGGAACUGAAGACGAUGGAAAAUUAGAUGAAAAAGAAUUAAAAGGGAUUGAAGAAAAUACCAAUACUCAGUUCCUAGAGGAAGAAUUUCAGACAAGAUCGCCCAUUCCUGUCUUUGUCCAAGGUGAUACUAGUGAAAUUUUGCAGCAAGAAACAGUGCAUAUUGAUGAAAUAGAAGUUCUUCAUAAUACCCAGCAAAGCUGCAUACCAGAAAAUGAACUUGAUGGAAAGUCCACUGCUAUUCAGGAAACAAACAAUCCAGAAACCAAGGACAAUGUCAGCACAGGAGCAGAGAAUCUAGGUAACAAGGAUGCAAUUGAAUCUAGGGAAGAGGAAGGAACAUAUGUCAAACAAUUAACUGAUGAGGAGAUACCAAAGUCAGAAACUAAAGGUGUUCCAAAAGAUGAAGCUCUGCAACCAAUCACAAAUGUAGCAUCAGUCAGAACCGACACAGAUGAUGAGGAUGGUCAACAAGAGAUACAACCAGAAGCAGAUGUUACAGAACCAAUAGAAAUAAACACCACAUGUUAUACUGAGGAACAAGAAAAAGUUCCUUCAUCUCAUGCCAAAGACAAAGGGAUUAAGGAUAAGUUCAAUCAAGAGGAAGAAGCAAAAAGAAUUGAAGAAGCCACAAAAAUACAAUCACGGGAGGAAGAAGUCCAGACAAGAUCGCCCACUCCUACAUUUGUCCAAGGUGAUCAAAAUCAAGUUCCAUAUCAAGAAACAUUGCCCGUUGAUGGAAAAGAAGUAAUUAAUAACCUCAAACAGAGCUGCAUAGUAGAAAUUGAACUCAAUGGACAUUCCACAGUUGUUAAGGAUACUGAAACUAAGGACAGUGACAACAUAAUAACAAAGAAUUUUGACUACAAGGAGGCAAAUGAGAUCAGAGCAGAUGAAGGAGAAUAUGACAAGCACGAAGUGGAGAGACCAAAGCCAAUUACAGAAGACAUACCAGAAGACGAAGUUCCACAACCAAUAGCCAAUGCAGUAUUGGUUGGAACUGAGACACUUGACGACAGUAAUCAACAACAGAUACAACUCGAAGAAGACAGCAAGGAGAAAAAAUCUAGUAAAGAGGAACAAACACAACAAUAUGUUGCUGAGGAGACUACAGAAAUAAACACCAAUAGUUAUCCUGAUGAACUAGACGAGGUUCAAACAUCUCAUGCUGAAGUAGAAGAAGGGAUUGAGGAUAAUGAAAAUUUUGAUCAAGAGGGCGAAGAAAAAGGCAUUGAAGAAACAACCAAUAUGCAGUUUCCAGAGGAAGAAGUCACUGAUCAAAUUUUGCAGCAAGAACUACAGCACAUUGAUGAAUUAGAAGUUAUUGAUUAUGUCAAGCAAAGCUGCAUACCAGAAAUUGAACUUGACAGAAAGUACACUAUUAUUCAGGAAUCUGAAAAGCUUGAGACCAACAAUGCCGGCAUAGUAACCAAGAAUUUAGACACCAACGAUGCAAGCAAAAUCAGAGAAGAGGAAAGAACAGAUGCCAAAAAAUUGACUGAUUUUAAGAUGCCACAGUCAGAAUUUGAAGGUGUGUCAAAAGAUGAAGCUCUGAAACCAAGAGCCAAUGCAGUAUUUGAAGCAGUUGAGAAGGGCAGUCAACAAGACAAACGACCAGAAGCAGAUAUUUCAGAAAAAUCUAACAAAGAAGUGCAAACACAAGAAUAUGUUACUAAAGAAAAUGUAAAAAUAAACAUCACUAGUCAUGCAAAGGAAAAGGACAAACAUCCAACAUCUCAUGCCAAAGAGAAAGAGGGGAUUAAGGAUAUAUUCAAUCAAGAGGAAAAGGCAAUAGUAAUUGAAGAAGCAACAAAAACACAGUCAGCAGAGGAAGAAGUCCAGAUAAGAUCACCCACUCCUGCCUUUGUCCAAGGUGAUACUAAUCAAGUUCUACAACAAGAGACAUUGCACGUUGAUGAAUCAGAAGUGAUCGAUAAUGCCAAGCUGAGCUGCAUCCCAGAAAUUGAAUAUGAUGAAAUGGCAAUUGUUGUUCAGAAAACUGAAAAACUUGAAACCAAGGACAAUUUUGACAGAGUAACAGAGAAUUUAAACAACGAGGAUGAAAGUCAAAACAGAGCAGAGGAAGGAAUAGAUGCCAACCAAUUGACUGAUUUGGAGAUGCCAAAGUCAAAAAUGGAAGUAAUAUAUGCCACCAUUGUGGAAAUAAAUGCUUUCAAUAUCUCUUUCUGUAUGAUAACAGGAGUGCCUGAAGAUGAGUCUCUCCAACCAAUAUCCAACACAGUAUCGGUUGAAAACGAAGCAGUUAUUGUGAGUCAAGAGAGACAGGCACAAGAAGAAUUUACUGAGAACUUGAACAAAGAGGUGCAGACACCACAAUAUUUUACUGAGGAGAUGGCAAAAGUAGAGACCAUGAAUGACACUGAGGAACAAGAAGAGGUCCCAGCAUCUCAUCCUAAGGAGAAAUUAGGAAUCGAAAAUGAUGGCAAAUUUGAACAAGAAAAAGAAAAAGGGAUUGAAGAAGCAACAAAAACACAGUUACAAGAGGAAGACGUCAAGACAACAUUUCCCACUCCUAACUUGGUCCAAGGUGAUUCUGAUCAAUUGAAGAGUUGCACGUAUGAACUUGAUGGAAAAUCCACUAUUGUUGAGGAACCUGAAACCGAAGACAAUGUCAACAUAGUAAAACAAGAACAAGUGAACAACCAAUCAGAAAAAUCAAGCAUUCAGAGAGACAAUACAAAUAAUAUAACAGCAGAAGGACUUGUCACAUCAGAAACCAACAGAAAAUCAAGUGAUGAUGUCCACACUCAUGAACAGGAGACAGUAGAAUCAUGCUCAGGAGAGAAUUUACAAAACAAAAAUGCAAUCAGAGUAGAGCAAGCAACAGAGGCCAAACAAUCAACUUAUGUGGAAAUACUAGAGUCAGAAACUCAAGGUGAGCCUGAAGAUAAAGCCUGGCAUACAAUAUCCAAAGCAUCAUCAAUUGGAAGUGAAGGACUUGAUGAGAGUAGUCGAAAAGAGAGACAAAUAGAAGCAGAAUUUACAGAGAACUUUAACAAAGAUGUGCAGACACCACAAUGCGAUACAAAUGUGACUGCAGAAAUAAACAUUACCAAUGAUACUGACAAACAACAAGAGGUUCCAGCAUCUCAUGCCUCGGAGAAACAAGGGAUUCAGGAUGAUGGCAAAUUCGAUCAAGGAGUAGCAAAGGGAAUUGAAGAAACAAUAGAAACACAGUUACCAGAGGUAGAAAUCCAAAACACCUGGCCCACUCCAACAACUGUCCAAGGUGAUAUUGAUCAAAUGUCACAACAACAAACAGUGCAUGAUGAUGAAACAGAAGCAAUUGAUAAUGCGAAGACCUGCAUGACAGAAAUUGAACUUGACAGAAAAUCCAUUGUUAUUAAGGAACCUAAACUUCUGGAAACCAAGGCCAAUGUCGACUUAGUGAAAGAAGAGCAAGCAGACCAUCAACCAGAAGAAUCAACUGGGCAAAGUUUCAUUACAAAUUAUAUAAUAGUUGAAAGAUAUAUGACAUCAGAAUGCAACACAGAAUCAAGUGAUGAUGUUGACCUCAAUGAACAGAAGAGAGUGGAAUCAAACUCAGUGGGGGUUUUAGAGAAUAAGGAUGCCAUUGAAAUCAGAGCAAAAGGAACACAUUCCAAGCAAUUGACCGAUGUGGAGUUACAAAAAUCAGAAACCGAAGGUGUGGCUGAAGAUAAAGCAUUGCCACCAAUGUCCAGCGCAACAUCGGUUAAUAUAUGCUGUCAAGAAGAGAUGCAACAAGAAGAAUAUGCAGAGACACAUACCAAAGAAGUGAAGACACCAUACUAUGAAGUUGAUGUGCAAAAGCAGAUUCCAGAGGAAGAUACAUGUCAGCUCAGUGCGGAAAAUGAACAGAUAUUAAAAUCCCAGCCUGCAUUAUCGAACAAGGAGACUGCAUUCAUAGAUAAUCUGUAUUCAGAUGAAGAGUUAGCAGAAACAAACCCCAUUAAUGAUAUAGAGGAAGAAGUGAAUCCAAAGUCUCACACCAAGGAGAAAUUGGUGAUCCAGGAUGAUAGUAAACUCAAUGAAGAGGAAGCAAAAGGGAUUGAAGAAACAAAAAUACAAUUACUUAAUACGGCAGCAGAAAGUCAUCCAGAGGAAGAAAUCCAGCUAAAAUUGCCUGCUCCUCCAACUGUCCAGGGUGACAUUGAUAAAAUCUUACAGCAACAAACACUUGAGGAUGAUGCAUCAAACACAGUUCAUAAGGACAUGAGAUGCAUACCAGAAAAUGAACUUGAAAGAAUGUUCACUGUUGUUCAGGAUUCUGAAAGCAAGACCAAUGUUGACAUAGUCGAAGAAGAACAAUCACAAGGAUCUAGCAUGCAGAGUCUGAUUACAAACAAUAUAACAGAAGAAGGACAUUUAGAAUCAGAAAGCAAUUCAAAACUAAGUUAUGAUAUCAAUGAACAGAUGACAGUAAACUUGCAGUCGGUAGAGGAAGUAAGAGAUGCCAAACAACAACCUGGUGGGGAGAUAGAAAAAGCAAAAAAUGAAGGUUUGAUUGACUUUAAAGCCCUGCAAACGUUAACCAAUGCAGCAUUGGUAAAAAAUUAUACACUUGAUGAGAGUAAUCAAGAUGAGAUGCAACCAGAAGAAGAAUUACCAGCAACAUAUACCAAAGACAGGAAGACACCACAAUCUAGCAUGGAGAAAGUAAUUGCAAAGCAUAUAAAUUCAGAAGGAAUGGUAAUAACUGAAAACAGUACAAAGUCAAGUUAUGAUGAGGAAGAACGAGAACAAGUUAUACACUCACACACUACAGAAAAUUCAAAAAUCAUGGAUGGUAGAAAAAUCAUGCUAGAAGAAGCAUCUGAUAUAAAAGAAGCCACAGAUGUACCUGUGGAUAAAGACAUCUCAAUUUUAUCUACCAUACCAUCUGUAAGAAUUGGGAUAGUUGACGAAAGCAUUCAUGAAAAAAUACAAAAGGAAGUUCAACCAGCAGUUAUCAAUACCAAAGAGGAGCAGAAACCAGAAAAUGAUUUUCUGCGGAAUAUGGAAGUUCUCGAGGCAUUUGAUUUAGACAAAGUGCCAGGCAAAACCUAUGUGGAAAAUGAAGAGAAAGUCCAAGUCCAAUCUGAAUCAAAUAGCCAUGAGACCAUUAAAAAGCAUCCAAAAUUAGAAGAACUGGGGAGUGCAGACAUAAGUCAAAGUAGUGAUACUAAAGAACUUAUAAAGGAAAGUGAAGUUGCCAAAAUUGGAGUUGUCUCUGAAUCAGUAUCUGUAGAUCUCACAGAGCAUAUAUACACAGGAAAACUAGAAACUGAAGAGGCCGAAAUUGCUCGAUUAGGCAACAUAAAAGAAGAUGAAGCAGGAGACGAAUUCGAAAAAAUAAGUCCGUCAUCUAGUGUUGGUGUCAUAUCCAGAGACUCCCAAGACAGUGCCACUAAAGUUUUGCACAAAAAAUCUAACAGCAUCCUAUCAGGUGUAGGAUCAAAGGUGAAGCACUCAAUUUCCAAAGUGAAGAAAGUCAUUACGGGCAAAUCUUCACACCCCAAGACACCAUCAUCAUCAAAAUAA